AUGUUGGGACUGGGGGACACAGUAGGCAAUUCCUUCCUUUUAAUGCCAAUUGGAGAAGCUUUGACUGUAAAAGGUAUGGAGCAGGAUGGCAAGACAUGCACACUUGCUCGUGCUGGAGACACGAUUGAAAUGGGUGUGAGUGGAAUUGAUCCAUCAGCUCUAACUACUGGCAGCAUUUUGUGCUCGAUUGCAUCACCAGUUCAACUUGCUCAAAGAUUCGAAGCUAAGAUUAUGACUAUGCCAGCGGUCGAAGUGCCUAUAGUCAAAGGGACAUCUGUGACGAUUCAUAUGCACAAUAUUGACGAGCCAGGUAACAUCACUCGAUUAGUGAGUGUUUUGACCAAAACAGGGGAAGUGGAAAAGAAAAAGCCGCGAUGUAUAUCGCGCGAGCGCUCGGCAGUAAUUCAAAUUACAGCCAAGCGCAAAAUUUGCCUCGAAGUGUUUGCUAAUUACCGACAACUCGGACGCUUUACACUCCGCGAUCGCGGCAAAACGCUAGCUGCUGGCAUUGUCACGCAGAUUUUUACCUGA